AUGAAAAGAUAAAAAUAAUUUCAAUUCAACCUCAAUGAAAAACUUCAAUAGCCUUAUACACCUUUAAGAAUGAGUCCUAGCUUUCGAAUUAAAUUUUAAAGUCCAACAAGAGUUUAAAAGAUAAAAUUUAUUUAUCAAAAGGAUAUUAAGGAAUACGAGAGUCAUUAUUUUGAUUAAUUUGCUGAUGCUUUUCGUAUUCCAACAAUACAUACUUCAAGAGCGUAAUUUUAAUAAUUUGAUAUUAGUGCAAGUUAAAAGUAAACCUAAAGACAAUUGAGAUAAGAAACACCAAACUAUAUUUAUUUCAAUCACAAAGAUUCUAAAGAUUCUGAUUAAGAGAAUGAUAAAAUUUAAGAGUUUCUAAAAAUAGUAAGAGGAAAAAAACAAGUCAGAAUUAUUGAACAUUAAUAAUGA